AUGAUAUCUAAGCUUUUAUUAGACGCCCAGUCUGCAAACCUCAAUCUGCGUAGCCAAGCUUUGAGCAAAAUCGAAGCUUGUGAAGCCUCAGACCCUCAGAACUUUUUGCUAGAAGUCUCAAAUGUAUUAGCUGGAGAUCAAUUUCCUCGUGAAGCUCGACAACUUGCAGCGAUUUUGAUAAAAAACACUGUGCUGAAUAUCAAAAUGAAAGAACAAGCUUUGCCUUGGCAUUCAUUUGAGGAAGAGAUAACUAGACAAAUCAAAGAAAACUGCUUAGCGAGCCUAGCAAGUCAGGAUCGAGAUGUCAGAAAAGCGACCUCUCAAGCAGUCUCAGCUAUAGCAAAGCAAGAUAUUCCGAAAGGAAAAUGAAAUGAAGUCAUCAGCAUCAUGGUAAAUAAUGCAAGCCACACUAAUUCUUGCUAUAAACAAGCUGCGUUGGACACUCUUGGAUACAUCUGCGAAGAGCUUGAUCCUAGCGCUGUAUCUGUUCAACAAGCUGAUUCUAUUCUAACCGCCAUUGCUGCUAAUCUAGCUGGAGAAGAGCUCUCAGUAAGAUGUGUAGCGCUCCAAGCUUUGACUUCUUCUUUGACAUUUUAUAAAUCAAAUAUAAAAAAUGACCAUGAAAGGCAGAUAUUGUUAAGACUGAUUUUUUUAAACGCUACACAUACAAGUGAAAAUGUGAAAAUACUGGCAUUGAGGGUGCUAUGUGAGAUUGCAAUAAAUUUCUAUGAAUGCUUGGAACCUAAUUUAAUGGAAUUAGGAACUGUUACAUAUCAAGCUAUUCAAUCAGAAAUCCCGAAUAUAAGCAUCUUAGGGAUCGAAUUUUGGAAUUUAAUUGCAGACUGCGAAAAAGAAAAAUUGGAAAAUGAUGAAAAUCCAUUAGGAUUUAUAACAACCGCUGCACAAAGUCUAGCUAAUUUGUUGAUUCCUAAACUCCUUGAAAUUGAAGAAGACUCAGAUGAAUGAUACCCAGCUAAAGGCGCGUAUAACACCUUAUGUGUAAUUUCUCAAAUAUGUGGAGAUCUUAUUAUUGACCAAAUGGUUCCUUUUAUAAGGAAAAACAUUUCAACUAAUAAUUUAAAACAAAUUGUUGGGGCUUUAUUGGGACUUUCUGCAAUUUGUGAAGGAGAGCCUAAUGGAAAAUUAUUAUAUGAAAUAAAAGAUUUCACUGAACAAACUAUUUUGUGCUUAAAAUCACGAGAAAAAAUUUUGAGGGAAAAUUCAGCAUGAUGCUUAGGCAGAAUCUGUAAAAUGUUAAAAGAAAAAAUGACAAGAUCUCUUGCAGAAAAAACAAUUUCUGCCUUAAUGGAAAAAUUUAAUGAUAUCCCUAAAGUAGCUUCUUGCUGUGCAGCAGCUUUGGCAAAUAUCAUUGAAAGUCAUAUAGAUAUAAUUGACUACAAUAUGUCCCAAAAUAUCCUUUCAACCGCAAUUAAAACCUUAUAUAGAGAAGAUUCUUACCAAGAAAACUUAAAUAUUUCAGCUUUUUCAGUGAUUGAUACUUUGCUGGAAAAUAUACCUGAUAGCCAAAUUGCUUUAUUAGAUAAAAAUUUUUCAAUUUUUAUUGAUAUUUUAAGAGAUAGUGCCAGAAAACCUUUAAGCGACAAUUCAUAUAUCUUCGCUUCAUCCAUAAUCCACGUUACGUGUGGAAGAAUGGCGCAAGAUAAAAUCCCAGACCGUGACGCUUUAACAAUAAUUGAAUACAUUACAUCAAUUUUCAACGCAAGAUCAACAAUUUAUGAAGAAGGUAUUGAAGCUCUAGGAUCUCUUGCUAUGAAUAUUGGUAGCAGAUUUUUGAAAUAUUUCCAAGAAACUGGCCCAUUUUUUUUAUAUGCUCUGAAAAUGACUGAUUCUAUAGCUGUAUUGAAAUCUGGAGUUUUGACUAUAGGAGAUAUAGCGACAGCGUUGGGGACGUCAAUGUCUCCAUAUCUUAAUGAAAUUUUUCCGCUUUUGAUAAUCAUAUUAGAAAGCCCAAAACUUACGCUUGAUAUUAAAAUUCUAUGUAUUUCUUCAAUUGGAGAUAUAUUGCGUGCUGUAGGUGUUGAUAUAAUUCCUUAUCUUCCCCAAGUUCUUACAUAUUUAGACUCAGCUGCUGGAGCUAGCUUACAAAUUACAGGGAAUGAGGACGUUGACUACUAUCUUGACCAGCUUCGCGAAUCUAUAUUGCAAUUUUAUAUUGGGCUUUUUCAAGGUCUCUAUAAGACCCCUUAUAUUUCUUCUAUUGAAGACCGCCUAAGAAAAAUAAUCAGCUAUGUUUCUAUUAUAAUUGACCCUCAGUUCUCUCCAAAUAACUCUAUUCAUGCUGCAGCUUUAGGGCUAAUUGGUGAUAUUUUGCUAUCAUUUCCUGAUCCUUCACUUAUAAGCUCACUACAAAAUUAUAUUGAAUCUUUCUCAACCCAUGAGGAAAAAUCAUUAUCAGGAACAUCAAGAUGGGUUUUAUCGUUAAUCCCAUAA